AUGAAGGCCUAUUGUGUCCUCGGCCUGCUGUCUCUAUCAGGCCUCGCACUAGCACGGACCCUCAACUUUGUCGCCCAUCAGGACGAUGAUCUCCUCUUCCAGAACCCAGACAUCCUCCACGAGAUCACCGCUGGCCGGCAUGUGCGCACUGUGUACCUAACAGCUGGCGACGCAGGCCUGGACGCCCAGUACUGGACCAGCCGACAAGCAGGCGCCAUGGACGCCUAUGCCGCAAUGGCCGGUAUGCCCAAUGUCUGGGAUGAAUCGGACAUCGGUGUGGAGGGCAAAGAUAUCCCUCUCUACACGCUCCGAGACCGCGAUAUCUCCGUCGCGUUCAUGCACAUGCCCGACGGCAAUACUGGCGGGGACGGCUUCGCCAGUACAGGCCACGAAUCACUCGAGAAGCUCUGGAACGGCGAAAUCGACUCGAUCGGAACGGUGGACGAGUCCGGCACGAGGUACACGCGCAGCGACCUGAUCGAAACGCUGACGCAGAUCAUCAACGACUUCGACCCCGAUUGGAUCAAUUCCCAGGAUUACAUCAACCCCUAUGGCUCGGGAGAUCAUAGCGACCACACCUCUGCUGGACUCUUCACCAACGAAGCGGCCAAGCCAUCUGAGUUUUCGGGAAAUGUCAUGGCCUACCGAGGAUAUCCCAUCAGUAAUGAGCCCGCCAAUGUCGCUGGCGCUGAUCUAGACCAAAAGAAGGCGGCUUUCUACACGUAUGGCAGCUAUGAUUCCAUGGCGUGUGCGGCGGACCAGUCGUGUGCUGGUAAAGAUUACGAAAAGUGGCUGCUUAGGCAGUAUACUGCGAACUAUGAGUAG